CCUCCCAUCAUUACCCGUUUUUCAAGAUUCAUCUUAUAAAUACCAGCCUGCAAACAUGCUAAAGGGUUCCGCUACAAGAGAGAGGCGGUCCUGGACAGAAGAGGAGGACCGCCUUCUACGCGAGGCCGUUCAGAAAGAGGACCCCGACAGCGCGAGCCCGUCCAAGUGGUACGCGAUCGCCAAACAUGUCCCGGACCGAACAAAUAAAGACUGUCGCAAACGCUGGUUCGCCAAGAUGGCCUCGGACGUGGUCAAGGGCGGAUGGUCUCCGGAGGAGGACGCCAGACUCGUCAAAGCGAUCGAGCAGUGCGGCACGAGAUGGUCAAUGGUAGCAGCAAUGGUACAGAGCAGGAAUAGUGACCAGUGCGCAAAGCGCUGGACGGAUACCUUGAAUCCCGCGAUCGACAGAACAACCUGGACACCGGAAGGGGACGCUCUCCUCCUAAAGGCCGUCAGCGAACACGGCAAAGUAUGGACGAAAAUCGUCAAAACAUAUUUCCCCGGAAGAACAGGCCUCUCGGCCAAGAAUAGAUACAACAGUAUAACGCGGGGUAACACUGAUUCGCGACGUAGCCAUGGACACUCUGUAUCAGCGUCGGGCCCUGUGCCGUACACCCAGAACCACCAACCCGCAACGUCAUCGUCGGGUCCGGUUGUCGUACACAUGUCCCUGCCCCCGGUCCCGAUACCGCAGCUCCCUUCCACCAUGUAUAACAGCCCAUCGCAAGCAAUGCGCUUGCCUUUUCCCAUAUCGUAAGGCUGUAAAUCACGACGAUCAUGAACACAAACCUUUAGAAGGAAACUUUACCACCAAUGUAAUUUAAUCACCAAGCUAUGUAUCCUUGUGUACAUGGAAGAAAUUGUAACAUUGACACUUUCUA